UUCGUCUCAAUUGUUUUCCACUUGUAGAGGAAACAAAACAAUAGUGCGGUAUGGCAGCGAAAAACAUUUUCUCGAAGCAUCUCCCCAACGUAAAGCUUGCCACCCGGUUUGACGCCGAUGGAAACGAGAUUCAGGUCGAAAAACGCGAGGAUGAAGAGCAAAAGCGAAAAGAGCAGAAUAUUAUCGAAACGCUGGUAACGGCCGGAUACUACCGGGCGCACAUACAGGGACUUUCUUCGUUCGAUAAGAUCGUCGGCGGAAUGACUUGGUGCAUCGAAGCAUGCGACUACGAUGUCGACGUCGAUCUUCUGUUCCACGAGAACCUCACCAUCGGGCAGAAAAUCGCCCUAACGGAGAAGAUUGUCGCCGUUUUGCCCCGGAUGCAGUGCCCGUUUCUAAUUGAGCCGCACCAAAUCCAGGGAUUUGACUUCAUCAACAUUUUCCCGGUGGUCCAGUGGCUCGUGAAGCGCUCGGUGGAGAACCGGAGCAAAAAGGCAGACACUUUGCGCAAGCUCGCGGCCACUCAGUUCCAGAACCAUUUCACACUCGCUACCGACCAGGAGUUGCAGCGCUUGCGGGUAAAACAGCUGGCCAACUUGCGUGCCGUCGAAGCGAAGUAUCCUCCGAAACGGGCGUUCAGGCUACGUAAAGCGGCCGGCGGUGGUUGGGUACCGGUGCGACCAAAAGAUACUCCGGAAGUUGACGAGGAUCACGCCCAACUCGGUUCGGGUGGAGUGAUGGACGAAUCGGAAGCGGAGAUACCGUUGUCGUCGCUGGAACAAGAGUUCGAUUUUGAAGUUUUGUUUAAAAGUUUAGCCCGAGAGCACAAUCUACCGGCGGAACUGUCGGAAAUGGAUUACGCAGCGUUAACCCGAAGGUACGAUGAAUUUAGACAACAAGCAGCCGGUUCUUCCAACGCACCGUCACUGUCCGAACGGAAUGCCAUCAAAAAGCGCCUAACGGAGAAGCUGGCCCUCGAAAAGGAGGUCGAACAGGCGCGGGCAGAGUGUGCCCAGGUUCAGGCAACCGUGAAGGACGAAAAAAGGCGCCUGCAGGAAGCGAAGGAUCAAAACGAGAGCCUCAAGGAAGAGAUACGGAAUCUGGACAAUUUGGAAAUAAGCGAGGAGCAUCAAAAAAUAUUGGAUCACGUUAAGCAGCUCGUGCUGAAGAAUGAAAACAUGAAGAAACAGGAAACGCUCUUCAAAGAGAACUGUAAGAAGGAGUUGGCCGAGAUGCAGGAGAAGAUCGAAAAAGCCGAAAUCUCGACACCGGAUGAUGACAUGCGGGAAUUACAGCGACAGCUGGAGAUGGAACAGGAGCGCCUCAAAUCGCUUCGGCUUCAGUUGGCCAAAAAGAACCGUGCCUAUGUUUCGAUCAAUCGCCAGCUAGACAACAUUCCCGAUCGUACCGAGUUGGCACAGUAUCAACGGCGGUUCCUCGAGCUGUACAAUCAAGUGGGUGCUAAGCACCGCGAGACGAAACAGUUUUACACACUCUACAACACGCUGGACGACACAAAGCUGUACCUCGAGAAGGAGAUGUCGCUUCUCAAUUCGAUCUACGAUAAUUACGCCAGUGCCAUGCAAACGCCCCACAUGCGCGAGCAGUUCGUCCAACAGUUCGAUACGAUCGUCGAAGGAAUCCGGGCGACGAAGACAAAGCUGCGCAAGAAGUGUGAUGAAGAGCGGGCGAAACGCGACGCGCUUAACGGCCAGCUGCAGUGUUUGGUGGAACAGCAGCGGAAAUACGCGGCUACCGUCAAACAGCUAACAUUAGAAUGCCAACGGAACGAGGCACUAAUGCAGCACCUGAAAGUGUUGAAAAAUAGUACGCCAUCCGGAAGUCAGCCACAACCUUAACUUCAGUGCACAUUCUCUUUAGCCUUAGGCGCACAUAGUGGACGAAUUAAAAUAUACUCUCGCGAUUUAA